GAGGAGAUGAAAGACCAGGGGAGAGGAGAGGAUCGGCCGGGGAGGAGAGGAGGGAGCCAGCUCGGCGGAGAGUGAAGGGACGGGACCCGGCGCCCCGCGGGCCAUGCGUCUCCUGGCCACGGCGCUGGCCGCCCUGCUGGCCUCGGCCCCGGCCCCAGAUGUCUGUGAGGCUUUAAAUGUGACAGUCUCUCCAGGACCAACAGUGAGGUACUCUGAGGGAGAUAAUGCUACCCUUUACUGCCACAUUUCUCAAAAGAGAAAGAUGGACAAUUUGCUGGCUGUGCGGUGGGUAUUUGCUGUGUCACCCACCCAGGAGUAUCUGAUGAUCAAGAUGACCAAAUUUGGGUCUGUCCAGUAUUAUGGGAAUUAUACUCAUAAUUUCCACAAGCAAAGACUUCGUCUUCUUAAAGAAAAACAUGGAACUCUGUACAAAUUUCUUAUUCUAAGCCUCCAGCAAACAGAUCAAGGACAUUAUAUAUGUAAAGUUCAGGAAAUUGGGAAACACAGGAAUAAGUGGACAGCCUGGUCAAAUGGUACAGCAGCUACCGAAAUAAGAGUUAUUUCAUCAAAAGCAUCUGAUGAUCCCACUUACAAGAAAAAACAUGAAGCUUGGAAGUUUUUUGAAGAUCUGUAUGUGUAUGCAGUGUUUGUGUGCUCAAUAGGAAUCAUCAGUGUCCUCCUUUUUACACUCGUCAUUCUCUGUCAGUCACUUCUGAACAAGAGGAGAUGCGCAGUGAAGCAUUACCUGGUGAAAUGCCCCCAGAACAGCUCAGGGGAGACCGUGACCAGUGUGACAAGCAUGUCCCCUCUGCAGCCUAAGAAGGGGAAGAAAAGGAAAGAGAAAGCAGAGCUGCCACCAGCCAUCCCAGAAAAAGCUCCAAUAGCCAAUAUUCCUAAGCCCAAGCUCUUGAAACCUCAAAGAAAACUGAUCCUGAUGGCACAAAGUUGGAACAAGAGACUCAGACUGUUGAGUUUCAGGGCUUCUUCUGCAGCUUCCCCAUGCAGCCCAAGGAAGUACCACAACAGGAGAAUAUUCCAGAAAACCUAAGCAAACAAGCUUGCGUAUGAGGAAACAUUACAAAAUAAUUCCAGUGUUUUGGGAAAUUUUUUGUAAUAACCUAAAUACCGGCAGAAUUAUUUCCAGAGGACAUGUGCUUCUGGUUUCUUGAANUUAUAAUAAACCAGAGAAUUUCUUUUGUUGUUAACAUGCUAGAGUGGAUUGCAGUAUAAUUUUACAAGAAUACAAUAACCUGGAUAAAAUAUGGACAUAAUCUCAAUGAAAAUUAAAAACAAAAAGAGAAAACCUAAUAUCAUGUUCAAUUGCACAGCUUUGAGCAAAGCCUUUAAAAAACUCUGCUCAUGUCAUAUUGCUUUUGCUUUAGCCAGAACAACAAUUGUAUGCUCCCCUUGUUGCAAAAAUAUUCCCCAUCAGUGUCAUUCUCUAUUAACAUCAGUGAGAAAUGUAUACAGAUCAGAGGAAAUAGAGAUGAUGAACUACAAAAAAGAAUGGGUUUUAUAGCAUGCAAGAAGCACAGAGAGUCAUUAGGAAGAAGAAAAUUCUAGAAGCCCACAAAUUCUUCUCUCUAAGGAACAUUCAGCUACAGCCUUAAGUAUAUAGCCCUUUGAGUUGGUAGAUGCAAGUCUUGUACUUUUUUGACCGUAUUUUCUGUUAAAUCUUUCAUUACCUCCUACAGCUUAGUUGUCAUAGUCCAAGAGGUUCAGGUGCUGAACAUCAAAAUGGAAAGGUUUUCACAAAUGUUUGCACCACCAGACAUAGGAGUCCUUGUGAGAUUCAUUGGAGCUAAUGGAAAGAACCCAAUUUCAGGUUAUACCAAGUACUGCAAACUUGAGUAAAAUUUUUGUUGACUUCAUCACCUUUACAUUAAAUUAGAAGGAAAGGAAAGCCUGUGCAGGUAAGGCAGAAUCCAGGUAUUAUGACUGAUUCUGCCACUGACAAGUCAGAUAUUCAUCCCACUUUGAAAAUGAAUGAAUUUAUUCCAUGUUACAAAUAAUCCCACUGGGCCUAGUUCCUUUGAUACGGCUAUAAAGCACAUGGUUCACAGAAGUUGGCUUUUACUGCUCCUUCAUUGACUAAGGUGUUACUAGAGGACGAGUUCUGUUAAUCGCAGAACACAUAUUGGUCCUGUUUGUCUUCUAAAGCAGAGGGCUUUCAGUGACUGUAUUUGAGCUAUCUGUAAGAAGCAUCACUGCCUAUAGCCCACAUGGUGCAGAUAGCAUUGUUUAUCCUGGCAGUGGCCAGAUUGCAGGUGGCUCAGCACUAUGUGAUGCUGAGACUUAUGAUGAUGAUGUAAGCACUUCUUGAGGAAACAGGAAAGGUUAUCUGCGACUGAGGGAACUUUCUGAGAGUUAUUUUGUUGACAUCCCAGAAAUCCACAGUCCCAGUUUUUACAGAUGUGUCAAAUAGGAAGCUUGGAAUUUUUUUUUCCCAGCUUUGAAAAAUCCCAUUCUUAUUUACCAUUGCAGGCUAAGCACUGACAGUGUGCUGCAUGCCAGGCAGUGCACAUCAGUCCCUGCACUGUGCUGACUUUGCGGUGAGCAGUGUGUCUGAAGGCCUGCUGUUUGCAAACAACUUAUUCAAAGCACAGCUGUCCUGAUUCUGCUGUGUCUACAAGGCAGAAGGAGGAUGUUUUGGACAGGAACUUGACAUGUGUUUGACACCUGUGGAACUGCGAAUGCCACAGUUCGCUCUCAUUGUCUGCAUGUAUUCAUCCAAAUUAAGCUUAUAUCACCGUUAGCUCAGUGUUCUAUAUAAGUGUACAAUCCUAAAUCAAGCAAUGAAGAAGGGUGCUCCUAGAGCUGCCCAGAAGCUGAAUGGUUCCUUCACCUAAAAAAUCAUUUUGAUUUUUAGGUUUCAAGAGUAUAUUUUCCAUUGUACAAUUAACCAACCAGACCUACUGCAUGUCUGAAGUGGUGACUUUGGAGUCCUUUUGGGAAAGGGUCUAGGUGUGCAACUGAAUGAUCUGCAGUCUCAGAAUUGCUUCAGGGAACCUUGAAGCAUACAUAGAGAAGCUCCAUUUGGUUUUUGCUUGCAGGGGAAUUUGUGAAUUCUAAAUGAUGCUCCAGGCUGUUAUCCUACAACUUUAGCCUCAUAGGAAUACAGGAGCAAAUUUUCCCAUUGCAAGAUUAUUAUGCAUGAUUAACAGAUUCUUUCCCUCUUUGUCAUCUUACAAUUAGGCAGUACGUUAUUCAAAACCAGUCUUACACCAUAUUCAGCAUGCUAGCUAGGAAAAGUGGGCUUUUCAUUUUUUAUGCAACAAAUAGAACUCCCGAUAAGUCUCAACAUGAUCUUUUGUGUAAGAAAGAAAAGGAAAAUGAAAUACUGCUCAGUAACCUCUGGGACUCUGGAUCAGAGAACUAUCAGGUCUCCCUCCCUCCUGCACGAUUUUAAAUUAAAAGUCACUCUCUGCUAAAGGUAGUUUCCUCUACAACAUGUAAGAGUCCGUGCUUUAAGAUCCCAGUUUCUCUACAGUAUUUAUCUCCAAAGACUUUUAAAUAACGUUGUACAUAUGAUAUAUGAAGAAAAAAUUUACCUCAGCUCCCUAUGAUCUUUGAAUAUUUCCAUUCAGUCCACAUAAUUUAUUUCUCUGCCAGAUGAACAGUCCCUCUUCAGCAGUCUCUCAAUAAGGUGUGAGAAGUCCACUUCUUCAUGAGAUCAUUUAUAUUGUCAGGCUGAAAUUCAGAACUAGUCACGUUCAAGACUGUUGAGCUAUGUCUGCUUUCACAUCCAGGUCCCACAUUACUACCUUCACCCCCAAGAAAGAACAGGUUAUGUACGUACAGAAAAGCUCUUGCUAGAUCUGUAUAUUUACAGAAUCCCACAGCAGAUGAUUUUUAUGCGAUAACACCUUUGGAGCACUAACUAUGUCUCACCAGAAAAGUGAAGUCAUUGAGCCUUUUUGAAAGACAAGAAGAAAUCAGCCUGAUUUCUAACAGUGUUGGCUUGGUUCAGAAUCAAGAAAUAACUCUGCCACCUUGUACAGCGGCAAAACACAUUAGCAAAGGGAAAGACUCUUUUGUAAAAGAUGUUAAAGCAGUCAGGACAAACUUCUGCCAGGUACAUUAACUCUAUUAAUGAAGAAAGAUGAACUAUCUCCAUAUAGAUAUGACCAGCCCUAUGUUAAUGGAAUUCUGUUUCUUUAAAAGAAAUGUUUCAGUUUGACUUAGUGAGUCAUCUUUGUUUCUUUGUAAUCAUAACUUCUGUGGGAUUCAAAAGCAAAAUCUAGAUGUAGUGCUGUAAGGGCCAAAUUGUUGUGGAUGUUGUUUCCAGUGAUGAAGCUGCUUCUGGGGAUUAAAAACCAGGCAUCUUAGUGGAAAGAAGCCAUCACUUUUUAAAUUUGAUAGUGCCACUAAAAGACAUGCUUCCUAUUCCAGAGUUUUCCAGUGUCAUAUUUCUCAGCCUUGGCACAGAGAACACGAUGGCUCUCUUGAUACCACAGAGCUCCUACUGGGCAGCAGUUGCAUUUCUGAGGGAUAAUUCAUCUCAUAGAUCUAGCUUCAGCUCCUCAAAAGGUCUGCAGAAGUCAAUUUUGAAGUUUCCCUCUGUUAGGUAAUAAUUCAAUUUGCUCUAUAAGCAAAUUCUUCUCAACCUCAUCCCUUGUUAAAGUCAUUCUGCAUCACAUCCCAAAUAACUCCAUCACACGCGAUUAUGUGGAGACAGAAUUCUUAGGCAGAUGUCUGAAGCAGUAGACAAUGAUGCACUUAAGGCUUUAGUGAAUUGGGAAGUGAGCUCUUGCCUGCUUACUUUUGAUGGUAAACUAGAUUUGAUAGGGUAUCCAUAUUAUUUUUUUUAUUAGAAACUUACGUUUGUUUUGCCGUUUUCUCAAUAACUGGUAAGGUAGUCAAAAAGUGAGGGUAUAGAAAUUUGUAAUUGAAAGCUGGCAGCAGUUAUUUUUCAUAGAAUCAUACAAUAGCUUAGGUCAGAAGGGACCUCAAAUAUCACCUAGUUCCAAACCUUCAGACUUGUAUUGCAAGGAAGUUAAAAAUUAUGAGGUUAGUAUUUUUUUGCUUUCUCUAUACCUAGUUUUUCUGGAUAGAAGUAGUCUAAGUUAAAACGUAAAAAAUUCGAUCUGACAUUGCUCACAGUAAACAUCCUGAAUGCUGCCAAAAAACAACUCAGCUAAGCUUAAGAAGAACAAAAUUGACCCAUCUGGACAUAAUCAGAGUAAUUUCCAUUAAAAUCUCAACUCAAAAAUGUCUUUUCUAUGCACUUUUGUUCUGGACAAACUCAAUAAACAAAAUUGUGUACA